GGCAGGCCCUUGCUGUGAAUGAAAGGGAUGUGUCUGAGGCCUUAGAGGCAGGCAAAAGGCCGACAACAGGUGAGAGAGAGGGAGGAGCAGAGACUAAACGAUACCUGGGACAAGAAGAAGGGAGAUCAAUGGACUGACAGGAGGAGGACAGAGGUUUAUGUGCCAUAUAUUGACUGACUGUGUCUCUAUUACUAAGCAAUGGAGGAUUUAGGAGUGCUGCUGGUUACUGCAAACAUUGGAUCUCUCUCAGACCAUCAGCCCGGACAACUUCAGCAGGGCUGGAUCCAGGAACUGUAUAAGACCAUACAGCAUCACCGUCCAGCCUUUAUUGCUCUUCACCUGCAGGAAGUUGGAGGAAAAAAUUACAAAAAAAAUAUGGAUUUAGCUUUACAAUUCAUCAGGGAAUUGAUGCAGGGUGAAGAGCUGUCAGCAUAUGACCGGACAAUAGCUUUCAUAGACAGUGACUUCAGCCAGCCUCACCUUUUCACAGCUCUUGGCUCUGUUUAUUUUAUACAUCACUCUGUUUGCAAGAUCCAUAUCUAUGAUUUUCAAGAGGGGACAUUUGUCUCUGUCCCUGCUGGCCAUAGUGUAACAUCAGGAUCUCUUGAAGACUGUCCCAUUGUGCACAAGGAGCGUUUCCCACAGGAUUUCUGGUCAGAGUUUCCUUGGACACGCAAAGGAUUUAUGAGGACAACCUGGCAAAUAGACAACCGGACCUUUGACCUGGUGAACCUUCAUCUCUUCCAUGAUGCCUCAAAUCUUGUGUCAUAUCAUUGCUCCCCUUCUGUGUAUAGUGCUAAUCGGAAAAAAGCCUUGGAUCACGUCUUAACCAGAUUACAAGAAAACUCAGAUGUCCCAUUUUUCCUGUUUGGGGAUUUUAAUUUUCGUUUGGAUUUGAAUAAAAUGAUCUUGGAACAGGGUUGGGAUCUGAAGACCAGGAAUGAUUCAGAUGGAAAGACCAUUGAGUAUGAACAAGAUGGAGAGGUGCGGUUAAUCAUGAAGAGUAAGCGUUUUGAGUAUCACAAUGUGAAGAUCUUACAGGAGGACAGUGGUCGGGCGUUGCUAAUGUAUGACUUUGAGCCUCUCCAUUUCCUUAGUGGCCUCACUGAGAUGCCAAUCUCAUUCCCUCCCAGUUACCCAUUUAGUGAGGUGGUUACUAGACCCUCUGAGUUUAUGGGGACCCGUUGCCCUGCCUGGUGUGAUCGUGUCUUCAUGUCACAUUCUGCCAGAGAUCUUCUUAACAAGGAAAAAGAAGGAAAAAGAUGUGUGUGGUAUGACAGAAUUGGAACAGAUGUCUGUAUGGGGGAUCACAAGCCAGUUUGCCUCUAUUUUGACAUGGAAGUUCCUUCUAAAAACCUGGUUGAUUGACAACAGAUUAGGAAAAAUCACCUAAGAAUUUGACAACUUCCUUCACAUUGAAUGUGACAGAUUCCCUAUCCUGCCAUUGUGACAGACUGUCCUUCCAACAUGUCAACUAUUCUGUUUCAGUCCUAAACUAACCGAUUUAGUGGGGCAGACUCAUCUACCAGUCUUGCAGGAUGCAUGCUAAUCUAAUUCUAUUUUACUCUGGAAGUAGUCUAAAGCACCAAAGUGAAGCUUUACAAUGUGUCACUAUUACAAUGAAGGAACAGUGUUUUUAAUACUUGUUCUCCAUAGUAGCUGUUUUCAUUGCAUUCAAUCAGCGGAUUCGUGUUUCCAUGAGUGUUGCAAAUGCUUUCUACCAUCAUGCUUUCUUGUGACUUUGUGCAAUUACAAAAGUGUGUAUAUAUCACUGUUUACCCCUGCUAGACUGUAUUUAUCUGUAGAACUUAAAUUUAAUGUCUUAUAUUCAUAAAAGCAAAUGUUCCCAACUCCAGGUCUCAGGGAACACGGAUUCGAUUUUUAACCCUUUCACUACGAAGCGCUUUCCAAAAAAAAAAAAAAAAAAAACACCCUCUGAAUCCGAGUAUUU